GGGCGCGGCUGGCCCUGGGUGGUGGAGGCCUAGUGUUUGCUCGUCCUCCGCUCGGCCGGGUGGCCCUGCCGAGGCAGUUCCUCACGGCCCGUGCGGCGGGAAUCCGUGGAGACGUCCCCACAUCCUGAGAGGUACCCACUCAUGCAGCAUCAUCAUGCUUGCAGGGGCAUGUGCACACACACACAAGUAAAUAAAUAACAAGGUAAGUUUAAAAGGAAAACUUCAUCCAUUUGCCAUCUGUGAAUCUUGGUAGCUGCCCAGGGGAAGAAGGUGGAGAAGAGGAAAGUGUGUGGUGUGUGAGCAGCCCCAUGAAGGAGAGGAAGGCUUCAAAGAGAGGGGGAGAAGCCCAAACGAGAGAAGACCAGCAUCUGAGAGAGACAGAGGAGAAGGAGGGCAGACUCAACAGACCUUGAUGUUUCUGUAGAAGCUGAAACCCAUCACUGUCCUUCAAAAUGCAAUGGAAUGUACCACGGACUAUGUCUCGGCUGGCACUCAGGACAUUCGUGGAAGCACAGAAAGCCAGGCUCUUUGAUCACCAUUGGCGCAUAAAAGGGCCGUUACUUGUGCAUAGAGGUGAAUACAGAGUGGCUUGGACACCACACCUUCGAAAGCAGUGGCUACAUUUAUCUGCUGUUCAGUGCCUUGCAAAGCAAAGGAAUCUCUUAGAUGCUCAGCCGCCUCAGCUGGGGACCCUUCGCCAGGAACGAUGGGAGCAGGACAUUUUAUCCAAGAGGGUUUUAUCUUCCAGUUCCACAUCCCAGGAAACUCCAUCAGAAAAGAAGGAAGAAACAGACCCUUUACAAGACAAAUCUAUCAGUCUGUAUCAACGGUUUAAGAAGACAUUUAGACAAUAUGGAAAAGUUUUAAUUCCUGUGCACCUAAUAACUUCUGGGAUUUGGUUUGGAACAUUUUACUAUGCAACUAUAAAAGGAGUGAAUGUCAUCCCCUUCCUAGAGGUCAUUGGGUUACCUGACAGUAUCGUGGACAUCCUGAAAAACUCCCAAAGUGGGAAUGCGCUGACAGCCUACGCCAUGUUUAAGAUCGCAACGCCUGCCCGCUACACCGUGACCUUGGGAGGAACCUCCUUUACCGUGAAGUAUUUGCGAAGUCACGGCUACAUGUCAACCCCACCGCCUGUCAAGGAGUACUUGCAGGGCAGAAUGGAAGAGACGAAGGAGCUCAUCACAGAGAAAAUGGAGGAGACAAAGGACAGACUCACUGAGAAGUUACAAGAAACCAAAGGAAAAGUGUCCUUUAAGAAAAAAGUGGAAUGAGGGUGCCUUAUUACAGAAAAGCCUACACUAUCCCUCGGUAGACUCUGGGCAAAGAACAUGUUUCUGAUUUUUUUUUUUUUCUUUUUUUGGUUACUUGCCUAAAUGUAUUCAUUCUCUGCGGGUUAAAGAACAAAGAUAGGUUUGGGGGGUUUUUUUGUUUUUUAAUUUUUGUUCUUUUAAGUUAAAUAACAAUAGGGAGGAAAAUCAAUGUUUUUCAAAAUGAGGAAAUGAACCCAGCAUACAGCAUUUAUAUGAGAUGCAGCAAUAAGCAGUAGUUGAUGUCCUAGAAAUCAGAGUUCUUUUUGCUUCGUUUCUCUGACCCCUGCAGUAAGGCUGUGCUGGGCAGUCCACUCCCAGAGGAACAUUCACUAAGGACCCAGUCCUGUGGGAAUGAAUUUACACCAUUGAAGACUCUGGAUGGAGAGACGAGAGACACUCCCUACCACUUACCAAGUAGACCUUAUUUCAAGAAGGUCAUGUUAAAGGAAUCAGUCUUACAUUUAUAAAUAAUAUAUAUUGGCUAUGUAAUGAAAUGGAUCUUUUAAAGUGGUUUUUACCUGGAGCUUGUCAACUUACAGUUUUUAAAGCCUAUUCCUUCUCAGUCUUGACUGUGCUUGGUGGAUGGUCAAGUGGACGGUCAGACGUUCUUAUAACCUGUGUCUUCUCCAACUAAUCCUUGGAGAAUCAUGGAAGUUUUACACUCUUCAUUGUUGCCAUCACAUACAUCAGCAAGUCAGGUUCACUGUUUAACUGCAUCAAGCUUUGCAAGACCGCUGCUGAUUUUGGUAGGAGCAAAAGUCUGUAACGGAAUGUGGAGGAGAUGGAUGCUCGAGGGUGGUACUCGUAGACAACAGGUGGGAGGAGCACCGUGUGGCUCAUUGGUUUCUAAGACCUCUCCUGCUGCUGCUUCAACUCCUUCAGGAUUUCGGUCUUUUAUCCCUGGUCAAAACAGGCCUGUCUGUCACAGAUACCAUUAGUGUUGUGGCUCAGGUUUCUCAUUGGAAGGGGAAAUUACUGCUUAAAUAUUCUGCUUGAUUUUUUAUAUAUAUAUAUAUAGCAAAAAGCUCACUGCUUGUAAUUCAACGACUGUCAAGCAAGUCCGAUGACUGCAGAGUGUCUUUCUGUUUGUGUGUCUUUCCUUCAGGUCUAACCCUUGAUUUGACACUGGGGCAAGAAAUGCGUCUUUAGAGAGCAUUGGCUUUGACUUAGCAUCAGGAGAAUGUCAGAGCCCAUGCCACAUUGCUAUCCCAUUCAGUCCCUGCUUUGUGUCAGACUUUAUGUCAAAUGCUUAAUUUAGCCAAAUUUAGGAAAUGGAGGAAUAACUUCACACUUGAGGCACUCAGUCAUUAUAUUGAAACACCAUUGAAGUAAAAAUGCUUUGGUUGAAGUCUUUCUGGGUUGGAAGAAUUACAGAGGGGAAUUUGUCCUGUUCUUUUGUUUGUUGGCAGCCUGAUUAAUCUGAGGUAGAGGUCACUGAGUGAACUGCUAUAAACAGACGGCACACUUUCAAAUACAAUAUAAACAUGGCAGCACACUGGAGCCUGCUUAUUAAAUAGUCAGGUUCUAAAUGCUGGUGUGUUCACAUGUUCCCUUUGAAGCCACCAAGAAUGCUAUGCCAACAUGUGGUGGUACAUGGAAUUCUUUCUUCUAAAACCUUUUAUCUGUCGUAGUGCAUAACUGGAGAGUUCUUAAGACAUUGCUAAUAAUCAUGAGACUGCAACUUUCUUGUCCUAAGUCAGUACCUUCUGCCUAGUCCAUUGUAGUCUUAUCACCAUCCAGUUUUAUGUCUGGGUCAUGUGUACCCAGUUAAAGCAGAUGAGGAAAUGCUGUGUGUGCUUUAAAUCUGAUAAAAAUAUUUCUAAUGAUCUGAGAAGUUACAUUGUUACAAUUUGACAUCAGUUGUGUCAUAAAAAUGCUGUUGCCAAUGUAUUAUCUUUAAGGCAAGAAACAGCUUAUAGGCAAACCUGUAAUAUGUUGAUAGCAGACAACAGUAACAUUUCAACUUAAAUUAUCAAAAUGUAUAAUAUAGAUAGAUUUUUGUAUAUGCUGAACUGCAUUUUAUUUAAAGUGGAUCUUGCAUUUCUCUAAGCUGCAAGGGAAGCCGGACCGCCAUGCCUGGUGAGCAUAUCCAUCCUUUGAAAGAUACACUCAUGUCCUAAACGGAGCUGUGACUGAGAUUUAGUGUUUUCAAUAUGAACAAAAAGCAUUUGCCUAGCAAAUUAAGUUCAAAUGAAGGCUUAGUCUUUUGAAGAAUAAAGCAUAAAACCAGCCUUUUAGAAUAUCACAUCAUUAUUGAGAGCCUUUUGUGCAAAAUGGGGUGCUGUUCAGUUUCACCAAAGGGAAAAGAUGUAUGUUGGGAUUAGCUGCCUCCCACAGUGGAACAAUAAAACUAAGCCUUCCAGUAUAUUCCCCCGAGUUCUCCAUUGUAAAUCCUCCUCCAUCAUCUUUACAGAGGAAAGAGCUACGUUCUUUAUGCUCAGGGGAAAGAGCUGGUCAGUUCCUUGUUUCUGUGGUCUUCAACCAUGGUUCUGGGAAUUUUAAACAUCUUUAUACUUUGGGCAGAAGAGGUGUUUGAAGAAAAGGAGGCUGUGUUUUAGACACAUUGAGCUUCUUUUACUGUUCUUUGAACCAUGUGCAAGUCUUCAGGAUUUCAUAAUAGCUUUGGAUAGAAAAUCAACUAUUACAGAUGGUAACGACCAGGAGGGGCUAGAGUGACCUUACAAAUGGGGGGGAGGGGCUCACCUUUUCCUGUGCCUUGCAAAUAGAGGAGAUUUUCGUAGUAUACACACACAUUUUUGAAUUACUAAAGGACUUCUAAAUACAGGUUGCUAUAGAAUUAAAGGAAUAAUGUUUUGGUAGCUACAGUUCAUUUGUUAAUAUUUGUUUCAGAUUUUCAAAACCGGGUCUGCAUACGACCAAAAAUAAAGCAAAUUUAAAUGGUCAAAAGUUCUCCCUGACCUAUUUAAGUGCCCUUCCUGCACACCAUUCAGUUGUUGGCAUCAAGAACUCACUGUUGAGUUGACUUAAGCAAGAGCGUGAUGUCAGAGUCCUUGGAGCCUUGGCCUUAGGCCUGACUAGCAAAGGAGCGUGUGGUGAGGAUGUGUGGGUCUUGGAGUUGGAAAUUUGCAGAACAGGGGCAGGAGAAGCAGUGAGAAGGGUGUCACGUAUUCUUCAAAUAGUAACUGUGCUUGGUCUCCAUUGGCCCAUGUGUAUGGUAUUUGCCAAUUUUGAAUUGAGUAGGGUAUCCAUUUAAAAAAAGAAAGGGAAGGAAAGAAAGAAAAGUCAUAUACCUAAGGGACAGGAAAGUUUGGACCUCAUGUCUUUCCUGAUGACCGGAAUGGCCUCAGGACACUUCUUUCCCAGAAUCCCUCUUUCACCAUGAACUUUGGCCUUUUAAAGAGACUUUCCUCUUAUACUCUGAGCUUCUCACAGGUGAGUGCUGAGUGAGGCUCACUGAGUUGAUUUUCCCUGUGGGUUUUUUUUCCUUUCCCUUUGUGACGUCUGUGUCCUUUGUUCAUUCUAACCAGUCAAAACAAGUUGAUAUCUCCUGUGUCUCCAGGAUUGAGCUUUGAAAAUUAAGGUGUAUUCUUCCUUAUACAGCAUUGAUAGUCACUAACAGUAAUUACAGAUCCUGAGUAUCCCGUGGCAAUUAUUUGGUUAUUUUGAUAAGAAUGGUCCUCUUAGCAGGAAGAAUGCACCCUGAUGCAGAACACUUGAGGGCAGAGUGGGACGUGGCUUAUUCUGAGGAUUCACUUGAAUGGCCUUGAUAAGAAAGGACUCUCAGUCUCAGAGCAUGGCUCCUUAGGGAGUGAGCCAUGGGGAUCAUUGCUGUUUUCUCUGGGAAAUAAUCUAAAGAACAAACCUCGGGAGAUGAGCGAAUGGCUCGCUCACUGCCACAGCGUCGCCUCUGCCUCCUCCUGGCCGCCUCCCUUUGUCCAGCCUUUUCUGCCUUGAAUGUUGCCCGAUUUAAAGGUUAGCAAACAGUCCCUGAACCGAGGACACAUGCAGGGAGUGCUGGUGGGCGUCUGCUCGGCAGGGCUGUGAAGCCUAACCCCUGGUCAAGCGUGCAAACUCUCACGGAGCGUACUUCCGAGGGCCUGAGGCUUCCAGCUGAAACCCAACUUCCUUUUUGUUUGAACAAGAUGAAAUCUCUCCCCCUUUUUAAUCCAAACAUAUAGUAAAAGACACGUUUUGUCACAUUUGACAAUUCCAUUCAAGAUGCUGCACAAAACAACAGCAUCUCUGCAUCAUCCUUUUCCAAUUAAAUGUUUAUUCUUUAUCCUGGAUUUGACUUGGGGAAGGGUAACAGCAUGUUCAUAUAAACAUCGGUUAGCUCUCGCCAUAUCUGCACCUCUGAGUACUAGACUGAAGAUUCUAUGACGAGUGUGUUUUUACUCAUUUGAAUUCAUUUUUCCUCAGGACUCUUACUAUGGUGGCCAACUUGUCUCACAGUUGCUUUAUUUAUUUAAGAAUGCAGGUAAGGUGUCCUUACCUGCUUGGUAUCCUGGCGAUGGCAGUGUAGAGUCAUAGGGCUCUGUGACCUGGGACCUCAGUCAGCAUGUACAUUCUGUUUCCUUGGAGAAACAGAGGCAGGUUAGUGCGGACACACGGCUUGUACGCUUUACCUCUUUUGACCAGUAACAGACAGGUAUGCAUUAGCCCAAAGUAAAAAGUACUGUCAAACAAAUAUGUCCACAAAACCUGAUGCAGUGUUUGUUGAACAGGUGAGCACCUUUGUUGGUUACACUUUAGGGAGGGGGCAUUUCAGAUUGUCACUUCUGUUUUAUUUCUGUUUGUGCUCUGAUAACUCCAACCCCAGCCUAAGAGCUGUAGAAUUUGGCGCUGAGUAGGUCAUGUUAAUAUGCUGAAGGCAUGUUAUAGUUGAAGAAAAAAACACCAAGACCUGGGUCUGAAGUUCAGCCAGUCCCUACUCAUGUGGUCUCUUCCCCCGUGUGGCAGAUACUUAAGUAUGCCACGUAAGGGACAAUAGAAUUCAGGCCAGUUGAUUAUGUUUGUCAGCAAUACAUAGCCUGGCUCUAAUGCUGAUGCCCUUCAUCCUUUGGAGUUGAACUUUGUACCUUACUUUCUUUAGAUUCUACUCUGUUUAUCUUACUUUUAGAGUAACCUGAAAGGGACACAGUUAAACUAUCCUGUGGCCUUACUUUAGCUUCAUUUUCUCUUUAGUGUGGGGGUGUACUGGGGUGGGGGUGAGAGACAAAAGGUCCAGUCUUGCUCUGUUUCCCGUCACCAUCUAGUGAAGCUGGCCUUAGCAAAGCACUCGAGUUGCAGUUUUCGUGCAACACACAACCCGUACGUGAGACUCUAAUUUCUCUUCCAGUCAUAAAACACCUUUUUGCCUUUUCCUAAAUCCACAUUUGAGAGCUGCAGUGAAGGAAAAACCCUCAAUCAAAUCUAUAUUUUUAUACAUAUAAGUAACAUUAAAUAUCUCACAUAUCAUAGAGCGUUUGGCCUCAAGAAGUCCUCAGUGUCUCCUUGGUUCAAGACGAGGCCAUCAUCUUCUUCCUGCCCAUGCGUAAUACCAGACAGUGGCCAUGGUGUCUGAAGCUCUGUCAGUAGCAUACUUGAAGCCACCUGAGACUUAUUUUUCCAUUUAAUUGCUGCCAAUUGCAAGAACACCAGAAGCCAUUGGAAACUGGUAUUUUUGGAAAAUUUGGUGUAAUGAAGUUCAAGAUAUACUCAAAAAGUACGAGGUUUCACCAAACGAGUGUGCUUUCCCUCUGUGCGUCCCAUGAAGAUGAAGUUGAGGUAAAGCCUGUGGUACAUUUAUUAGGAGAGCAGAUUUCCUAGGAAGUAUUCCCAGUCCCAAAAAAGGAAAACAGAACUGUGUGCAGCAACGCAUGUGUAUUCUUCACUGCCUCGACAGUUGUGUGCCUUGUGUAUAGCGACAACAUCCACAGGUCCUGCACCCAGAAGACCAUGUGUGGCUAAUAUGCCCAUUCCUUCAGGUUGGAGAGCAAGAAUGAUGGGCCCUCAUUGGCCAGCAGUUGUCACUUCAUGUGGACACUGAGGAUCUGGUGGGCUGCCCCUGCCUUAAGUGGCCCCUUGUCUUUAGCUCUGCUUGACUGAAACAAUUAUGCAUGCUUUGUUAAAUGAAAAUUUGGAACUACCUCCAGCCCGGGACAUUGGUUAUCUGAGGUGAGCUCUUGAACAAGCUAAAGCCUGCCGAGCCCAAGGUCCGAGCUGCUCUUUGCUGUGUGUGGGAAGUAUUUAUAAAACCAAGCCACCUCAGAACCCCAUUGCCAAAGAUUUUGUGGCAAAUAGCAUGUCCCAACUUACCUCAGGGUAGCGUGAGAUUCUCAGCACAUGGGGACCAUGUCCGGCUGGCGGUCCCUGGAAGAGUGGGGUGGCAUGGUUGUGCUUGGGUUCCCAGCCACACUUGCUGUCUGUUCAGGUGAUUGUUUUAUACUCACAACUGAAGAAAUGCUAAGUGAGAAUACUACGUGACAGGGUAAAUUACAGGAGCCACUGAACAGGACUGCUGUGGUGUCGAAAGAUUUCAAGGGAAUUCUCAAGGCCUUUGGGGUGUGUAGUGUAGUGUAGUGUAGUGAUCGCUGGUGCAGUCACAUUAUCAGGACCAGCUUUUACUCUUAACUUUUUUUUUUUGGAAGUAAAACAGAGCAAAUGAAAUUUACAUUCUUGAGGCAAAAGUUAAAGUCUUGACAAAAAUACAGCAUUUGAAACUGAAUUUCCAAAUACAAGGGCUUUUACUUUAGGGGAUGGUGUUUCAAAGUGUGUGUUGUAAUUAGACUGUGUAAGCCAAACAGAUCAGGACAUUAUAAUGAGGAAAAUGUAAUGUGUUUUAAAUACUGUAAUUCAAGUCAUGGGUUCUUAUAAACUGUUAAUGCAACUGUUACCACCAAGAGAUGAAUUACUGUUUUCAAAGGCCAGUGUGAGCUGCUGUCUGAAAGUCUUCAUUUUCUGCAGCAGGUCUUACCAGAGGUCUUCAGGGCUUGUUAGGUCCUCAGCCAGGGAACCUGGGCAGAAGAUAGUCCCACAAGGCACUCUCCAUUGUGAACUGGAGUCCUGGCUUCCUGCUCUGGGGCUCGGUCUUCUCGUUGUGUCAAAAACCCAUUACUCCUGGCAUCCUCCUGCUUUUCCUGAAGCAACUGAGAACCUGGGUUGGGUUUUGUUUUUCUUUGAGAGGAACUCAAAUCUGUCAGUGCUGAGUACCAGUGGCAGAGGGGAGGGAGAGCCUCACACACCUGUCCCCCCUUGCUCACAUGGAUGUUAGCUUUGAGAGAUCUGGAGACAGUGUCUCCAAUGAACUGCUGAAUUGAGAAAUUCUCUCAGAGCAUAGUGUGGUUUUACUGGUGACGAGAGGCCCUGUAUUUAUUUGCUUGUUAACUUUUAUAAACCCCUUACCAAAAUAACCUCACUCUGAAUCUAAGAGGAUUGUUAGGACUCGUAUUUGGGCCCAAGCACUAUUCCAGUAAGGCCUUGGAAUUUUGUUUGUUCACUACAAAUGUGGGAAAAGCAUUCUAUUCUCAUGCAGAAUUCACCUUUUCUUCUUGGGUGGUAGGUGGUGUGGGGUUUGUGCAUCCUCAUAUCUGCAAUCUGUACGAUUACCCGGAGCAUAUAUCAAUACUCUCAAGUGUAGGUCACAGCACAGCUGAAAGCCUCCACCAUCAGGGAGCGUUUGUUGACAGGCCUACUUAGCACGCUGUGUGACAGCCAUCUAAAGCCCCUAUGGGGUUGAUGUUCUCAGGAACCAGUUCUGAAUGUCCUGUGUUAGAGCUCAGGGUUGAGAUCAUGUGAUCUAUCCGGGUUUCUAACACACUAGAAACUCCUCUUAAAAAGUUAGCAGCAGACCAGUGAGAGCGGGACUAAAGGCGUUCACUGGCAAGAGUGUUCUCGGAACUCAUGUGGUAGACAGACCUGACUCCAGCAGAUUGCCCGCACCACACGUGAGCUCUGACACAGGCACACAUGUGUGUGCGUGUGCAGACACUCAGACCAAUAUUUUAAAGCCAGUAAUUAGGGAAUGAUCCGCAGCAUCCUUUGGGUUGGUUUAUAGUCCAAGGAAAAGCUCUUUCUUGGGUUCUGUCUCCAACACCACAAACCAUAGGUAUUUUCUGACACUGGUCAUACACACAUCAGUUUUCUAUUUGUCGUAUCUGAAAAGUGAACAAACAACCCCAGGGAACAGGUUAUUUAUCACUGAUUAUUUUUAAUGAUUUUGUGCUAUGAUUUGACCAUGGCAUUAAGAACAAGCAGAAAACCUGAUUUCAUAACUAACAAACAGCACUUGUGCAACAUCUUUCAUCAAAAGUAUUGCAAUUACAGACCUGAGGUCUAAACCACAUCGCCGCCGGGGCAAAAGAUGCAGGUGGAUGACAGUGGAGAAUCACUGCCCAUAUAUAAGCAGGAGUUAUGUUAAAGAAUAAGCAUAUGGUUGUUUAAACACAAAAGGACUCUGACUUCUGAUCAUCAUAGCUCACAGAGAUCGGAAGGUUCAAAUACAAUUGUAUUUUUUUUUUAGUAGAUUGCUUUAUAAUAAAAAUAAAAUGAACUAAAUGCUGUG